CAGGGAAUAUUCUGUUUAUUACCAUCUUGUUGCUGCGACUGGCAUUUCAUAUAUGCUUUAACAAUAAAAUUUAAACUUCUAUCCAAGUUACAGGAAUUUUUGAGCGUUUUGAAGAAUGACAUUAGCUUUUCAAGGUUAGUUUUUCAGUUUGUAUUUCAGGACGUUCAUGACGGUGAAGUUUUGUGUGUCAAGUGGAGUUAUGGUGGCGGCCUGUUCGCCUCCGGUGGUUCUGACCGAAAGAUCAGAACGUCAUCAAUUGCAGGAAAGCUGCGAUACCUAAGCUGUCUGACUGGAUGCAAUCAAUCGGUGACAACCGUCGAUUUCAGCACUGACGAAGGCCUGAUUUUGGCAGGCAGCAACGACUACGCGGUUCGCAUUUGGACGGUUGUUGAUCAGCGCCUUCGUCAUUCGUUCAAUGGCCACGGAAACAAGGUACUGACAGCAAAGUUUUCCGCUGACCAGCUGAAAAUUGUAUCCGGUUCCAACGAUCGCACCAUCAAAGUGUGGGAUGUUCACUCGAGUGCAUGUAAUUAUUUAGUAUUAAUUUACUUGAUAUUUCCAUUGGGGGCUUUGCAUUUUAUUAGCGGUCAUUUUGACGGCAAAAUUCGUGUUUGGGACAGCAGAUCGAGUAAACCCGUUUCGAUCUACGACAUGAACGACAAAGUGACAUCGCUGGACUUGUCUUCUGGUACUUGUGAUGCUGAUGACACAUUAAGUUUCUUAAGCGACGAAGAUUUCAAAAUUGGCUAUGACCAGGCGAGGGCUAUUUUUAGUCCAGAAGACAGGUACUGUACUUGCGGUUCGUCGAACUGUAACUUGUUCAUCUGGAACGUGAAUUCAACGAAGUUGGAAAAAACUCUUUCUGGUGUUCAUACUAUACCGUUUUUUAGUGCCUGUAUUACAGCUUGCGCGUGGCAUCCACGAGGUGGGGUACUUGCAAGUUGUGAUAAACACAAAACCAUAUGCUUGUGGUCCAGAUACUAA